AGCUGGUUUGAGCCCGUGUGCAUGUGUAUGCAUAUUUGUAGUUGUUCAUUUCGGAGAUGGCCACGAGCUGCACGCUGGCUGCAUUUAAUAAAGUUUAAUUUAAACUAACUGCCCUUUUUGUUUAAUUAAAAACAAAACAGUAAAUUUGUAAAUUAAAAAAUACAAUCGUGCAGUGUAGUUCUGAGUUGCAAAUAACCGAUAAUUUAGCUAUACAUACGUAUGUACAUAUGUAUUUCAAAAGCUUGCUCGCAACUAAACUGUGUAUGUGUGUGAGUAUGUGUGUGUGCUUUUUGGAAUGUUGCUUUGCACGAAAUUCAAAUUGUGACCAUCCUUGAGAUUUUUCUUGUGAGUGAAAGAGGCAGAGAGACCAAACCGCACACAAUUAAAUAUGCAAAAAUUAAAUUGAAUACAAUUAUAAAAUGGACGAGCACACAUUGAAUGACCUGUUGGAAUGUUCGGUGUGCUUAGAACGCCUGGACACCACCUCAAAAGUACUGCCAUGUCAACACACCUUCUGUCGCAAAUGUUUGCUGGAUAUCGUGGCCAGUCAGCACAAGCUGCGCUGUCCGGAAUGUCGGGUAUUGGUAAAUUGCCGCAUUGACGAGCUGCCGCCAAAUGUUUUGCUAAUGAGAAUUUUAGAAGGCAUGAAGCAAAACGCUGGCAAAAAUGACAAUAAAUGCGAAGAGUUGACACUGCCACUGCCAUUGCAACAGGAAGUUCCACCCACACAACAGCAACAAAUACACCAGCAGAAACAACAAUCGCAACAAAUACCCCAGCAGCAACAAGAACAACAGCAAACAACACGCCAAAAGCAGCGUCGAUUUCUGUUGCCACACGCCUAUGCUUUAUUUGAUUUUGCUAGCAGUGAAGCGAGCGAUUUAAAGUUCAAAAAAGGCGAUUUGAUAUUGUUAAAACAGCGCAUUGAUAACAACUGGUUUGUUGGCCAAGCCAAUGGGCAGGAGGGCACGUUUCCCAUUAACUAUGUUAAGGUAGCGGUUGCUCUGCCCAUGCCACAGUGCAUUGCCAUGUAUGACUUCAAGAUGGGCCCCAGUGAUGAGGAGGGCUGUUUGGAGUUUAAAAAGAGCACUGUAAUCCAUGUGCUGCGUCGCGUCGAUCACAAUUGGGCCGAGGGCAGGAUUGGGCAAACAAUUGGCAUAUUUCCCAUUGCAUUUGUCGAGCUAAAUGCAGCAGCAAAAAAGGUGUUAGAAAGUGGCGUUAGUAAUCCCCCGCCACAGUCCACUGCUCAAUUGUUGCAACAGCAGCAGCAACAACAACAACGCGCUUUGCCACCGGUGCCACUGAUCGAUCCCACCCACAUAACAAACGAUUCCAGCACUGCCUCCUCCAACAGCAAUUCAUCCAACAAUAACAGCAGCAGCAGCAAUUCGAGUUCCACAUGCAGUUCCAACAACUGCAGUCCAAAUCAUCAAUCGUUACCCAAUACGCCGCAACAUGUGGCAGCUGCAACAGCUGCAGUCGGCUGUGGUUCAGUACGUUAUCGGGACAAGGGAGCCAAAGAGAAGCGACACUCGUUGAAUGCUCUUCUUCAGUCAGCGCCGCUGAGUUUGCUGCAAACCAAUCGCCAUUCCGCUGAGAUACUCAGUCUGCCACAUGAACUCAGUCGCCUAGAGCUUAACUCACAGGCAAAUGCAGCGACAACAGCAAUAACAGCAACACAAUCCUCUCAGACAUCUCGUGUGCUUAAGCACCAGCAACAACUGCCACCUACGCUGCCUUGGGGUUACCUCGCACUAUUUCCCUACAAACCAAGUCACUCCGAUGAGCUGGAGCUGAAGAAGGGCUGCGUUUACAUUGUCACCGAGCGGUGUGUGGAUGGUUGGUUCAAGGGUAAGAACUGGCUGGACAUAACCGGAGUCUUUCCGGGCAACUAUUUGACGCCGUUGCGCACACGUGAUCAACAGCAACUGAUGCAUCAAUGGAAAUAUGUGCCGCCUUGCACAGACCUGACAUCGACACCAGCUCAAUCGCUCGAUGUGCGUCUAAGCAAUAUGUUGCCUACACAGCCACCAGAUUUGCCACCACGACAGCAGCAGCAACAACAACAACAGCAGCAGCAGCCACAAACAACCACCAGCUGUUCGGUCUGGACAAAGCCAGUGGAGGCACUUUUUAGUCGCAAAUCCAGCGGCAAUACGGAAAGUAAACCGGAUGCCUCUGGCAGCAGUUCUGGCGCUGUUGGACUCAUGCGACGUUUGACGCACAUGAAAACGCGCUCAAAGUCACCAGGUGCGCCACUGCAACAACAACAACAACAACAGCAGCAGCCACAAGCGGCGCCCAAGGAAACACAAAUCAGCACAAGCAGCGCGGCAACUGAAUGCAUCGUCAAAGCAGCGCCAUUGCAUCCAGUGCAUGUUAGAUCCGGCUCCUGUCCCAGUCAGCUGCAGCAGAGUCAGCCACUGACGGAGUCAUCAGCAUCAGCAGCUCCAACUCCAGCACCAUCCAACGCAGGUCAACAGUUUCAGGCCAACAGCAGCAGCAGCAGCAUCUCAUAUGGAUCGCAGCGCAUCAAAGGCAACAAGGAGCGACCGCAUUUAGUUUGCGCCAGGCAAUCACUGGAUGCGGCCACCUUUCGUAGCAUGUACAAUAAUGCGGUUUCCCCGCCGCCGCCAUCAAGCCAUACACAAACCCAAACGCAGCUGCAUGCCAACAUGAUCAUUGCACCCAAUCAUCGCAAGACUCAGAGCCUAGACGCGGGUCAUGUGCUCAGCAAUGGUAGUAACAACAGCAGCAUCAUUACCGAGGCAGCCAUUAAGGCGAGUGCCACUACAAAGUCCGUGUACUGCACCCGAGAGAGUCGCUUUCGCUGCAUUGUUCCCUAUCCACCGAAUAGCGAGAUUGAGCUGGAGCUGCGUUUAGGUGAUAUUAUCUAUGUGCAGCGCAAACAGAAGAAUGGAUGGUACAAGGGCACACAUGCCCGCACACAUAAAACUGGUUUAUUUCCAGCUUCCUUUGUUGAACCGGAUAUUUAGAUUCUUUAGUACAUUCCUCGAUUCCUUACAUUUGUGGUGAAAUUCCAAAUUACACAUAUACAUUUGUCUAAAUUCCAUUUUUAAUCGCCGGCCGAUUUGUGCUUCCACAAAUGUUUUCCAAUCUUUUGCAAUCUUUUCGAAAAAGAACUGUUUGUAAUUCUAUACAUCGCUCGAAUAUUAAAUCUCGAUUAUGUAGUUUUUAUACGAUUUUUAAUCAAAAUAGAUUAAGCCCAAAUAAGAUGUACUUAAGAUGAUUAACAUUUAAUUAGCUAGCGAAAUCGAACUACGGAAAUUCGAACCAACGAAAAAACCUGUCUUUAUUCCAAUCUUCUGCGUCUCCUUUGUACUCUAAUUAGAAGUAAGAAACUAACAAUUGUUAUGCGCAGUACUUAUACAUAUAUACCAUAUAUAUAUACAUAUAUAUUAAUAAAAACACACAAAAAUCAA